GUGGCCAUCAAGUCUAUCCGGAAAGACAAAAUCAAGGAUGAGCAGGACCUUAUCCAUAUCCGGAGAGAGAUUGAGAUCAUGUCCUCCCUCAACCACCCCCACAUCAUCGCUGUCCACGAAGUGUUUGAGAACAGCAGCAAGAUUGUGAUUGUGAUGGAAUAUGCCAGCAAGGGGGACCUGUACGACUACAUCAGCGAGCGGCAGCGGCUGACGGAGCAGGAGGCUCGGCACUUCUUCAGGCAGGUGGUGUCAGCUGUCUACUACUGCCACAAGAAUGGGAUUGUGCACAGGGACCUGAAGCUGGAGAACAUCCUGCUCGAUGCCAAUGGGAACAUCAAGAUUGCAGAUUUUGGGCUGUCCAACGUUUACCAGCAGGACAAACUCCUGCAGACUUACUGUGGCAGCCCUUUGUAUGCAUCCCCUGAGAUCAUCAAUGGCAGACCCUACAAGGGCCCAGAGGUGGAUAGCUGGUCCCUGGGCGUUCUCCUCUACGUGCUGGUCCACGGCACGAUGCCGUUCGAUGGCCACGACUACAAGACUCUGGUCAAGCAGAUCACAAGUGGGGACUACAGGGAGCCCACAAAGCUGUCAGAUGCCUGUGGGCUGAUCCGCUGGAUGCUGAUGGUGAACCCGGAGCGCCGUGCCACCAUCGAGGACAUUGCCACGCACUGGUGGGUGAACUGGGGCUACAAAGUGCCUCUUGGGGAGCAAGAGCUGCUGCAGGAGAGUGAGUCCCCCCUGUCCACGGUGGCUGAGUGGCUUCGCCGCUCCUCCCGACCCCUCCUGGAGAACAGUUCCAAGGUGAGAUGCUUCCUGAAGCAGCACAUCCCUGGAGCGGCCCUGGAGCGCCAGCGUUCCCUCAAGAAGUCCAAGAAGGAGAAUGAUGUCUCCCACGUGCUGCAGGAGGUGGCUGUGGUCCCAGAGAAUCCCUCCAAGUCCAUCCUCAAGAGGCCCAAGGGCAUCUUGAAGAAGAGAAACUCCUGUGAGCAGAAGGUGCCCAGCCCUGGGCCUCCCCCAGCAGCACCUGUGGGAGAGGGGAGGGGUGAGGAUGGGGAGGUGAUCGCUGCAGGUCUCACCAGGAUCUUGUCCUCUGGGAUGCUGCCUGGCAGCACAGGGGUUGGAGCAGUGCCCAUGGCCGUGCCCAAGAAGGGAAUACUGAAAAAACCCCCGACGAGGGAGUCAGGAUAUUACUCAUCCCUGGAGUGCUGCGAAUCCGGGGAUGUGCUGGACUCAGGGAGUUUGGACCUGGAUGGGAACGUGUUUGCUGACACCUCCAGCCCCGAGCAGCACCCACAGGGUCUCCCUGCCCGCAGGAAAGGCAUCCUCAAACACAAAGGCAAGUUCUCCUCGAGCAGCACCGAGCCAGACAGUCCCCCGGGGCAGAACUUCGGNNNNUUCAGCGAGGUGCCCCUGCCCCAGGCGCCCCGAGCUCGCCCGUCCAGCGCCGUCAGCGAGGACAGCAUCCUCUCCACAGAGUCCUUCGACCAGCUGGACCUGCCCCCCCGAGCCCCCCAGGGCGGGGGGGGCAUGAGGGGCUGUGUGUCUGCCGACAGCCUGCUGGGGCUGGCAGAGCAGGAGGAGCUGCAGGGAGGGCGCAGGCUGCGCCGCUGGACUGUCACCCACUGCCGCAGCCCCUUGGCCGAGAGCAGCCUGUCCCUGGGGGGCUGUGCCAACACCCCCGACAGCUACCGACCUGCUGUGCCCGUGGGCAUGAAGCUGAGCUGA